CCAGCCAGCGCAGCCUUUACUCCUCCAGUCCAGGCACGUGUCCUCAUUUCCGUCCGGGCGGAUCUUUCCGAGCGCUUUCCGUUCACUUAACUAGAGCUCACCGCUUCAGCGCCUCACUCUUUAUCCGGAGUAAAGAUGCUCCCCAGCCCCGUCAGCUCGACCCCGUUCUCGGUGAAGGACAUCCUGAAGCUGGAGCAGCAGCAGCAGGCUGGAUCCUCUCUGCACCUUCCCUGCAUGCACAGCGCGCUCAGCCGCAGCCUGGAGCUGCUCUACAGCCCGGACUCGAGCUUCAGCCCCGCGGAGCACAGCAGAGCGCAGAGAGGAGCGCCGAGCCCGCCGAGCCCCGAGGAGGAGGAGAGGGAGCAGAGCCCCCACACAGGCGCGUGCGAGUUCGACCCGGCCGGCUGUCCCGUGCGCAAGGUGGAGGAAGACGAGGAGGGCGGCGGGGGUCCCGAGGGCCGCGCAAGGCCGCGCGUGCGCAGGAGGCCGCGCGUGCUCUUCAGCCAGGCGCAGGUGCUGGAGCUCGAGCGGCGUUUCGAGCAGCAGCGCUACGUGUCGGCGCCGGAGCGCGAGCAGCUCGCGAGCCUGCUCAAGCUCACCUCCACGCAGGUGAAGAUCUGGUUCCAGAACCGCAGGUACAAGUGCAAGCGGCAGCGGCAGGACAGGAGCCUGGAGCUGGCCGGUGGGCACGCGGCCACGCGGCCGAGGAGGGUGGCCGUGCCCGUGCUCGUCCGUGACGGCAAGCCGUGCCUGGGAGGAGGCCACGCGCCCCCGUACAACGUCUCCGUCAGCUCGUACACCUACGGCAACUGCUACAACACGUAUAACAGUUAUAACAGUUACGGGAACGGCGCUUACGGCUGCAGCCUCAACGGGAUGACCUCCCACAUCCCGAACCCAAUGGUGGACGUGAGCUUCUCCAUGGCGACCACGGAUGGAUCUCUAGGUCAGCAAGGACCGUUUCAGACCACGUUACCGGGGAUCAGGGCCUGGUGAGGCCAGUGAAAGACUAUGGACCUCACACAUACUGAGAUUUGUGGUCAGACUGAGCUGGAAGGAGAGCUUCCCAACACGGCUGACCUUCAUCACAGAGAUCUUGAGCGAUGUCCUCUGAACGGACACCGAAGAGCUUCAGACUUCAGUUCCCACAUGAACAAAACCGCAGCAGCACACCUAUGGCCAUAAAAUGAACUUUAAGGGUUCUUUAGUGAGGGGAUUGGUUCUGCUUAGAACCAUGAACACUCAAAGAAUCAUUUCCGUGCUUCAAUGGUUCUCUGCAUGGUGAAAUGGUUCUUCAGACUGAAGGAAAGUGUGC